AUGAGUCAAGCCUCAAUCUUCACCUUCAUUGUUUAUCCCAGUGCCGAGCUCGGCAUAUUUCUUUGUCAGGUCAUGGUCUUCACCUCCCUGGCCGAAGAGAUCUCUCCGUCCGACCAGAGGAGCCUGCAUAAGGCGACAUGGGCCCGACUGGGCGACGUCCGCGCGACGCAUCGAGCUUCGCGCUAG